GGGAGGGGGCCGCGCACCGGGACCCCCGCUCCGUGCCCGGUCCCCGGGGCUCCGCCGGCGGCCUGAGGGGCUCCGGGAGGGAGCCUCGGUUGCUCGGGACGUCCCCCCGUAGCCCCCCGGGGUUCUCCGGUCGCUGCCUGCCCGCCCUCCGCUGGACUGAAUGUGGAGCCUGAGCUUCUUCCUGAGGCCCUGCUAAAGCACCUCCUGCUGUUGGUGCUGAGUGGUUCCUCGGGGAGGUGGUGGAUGAGGGAGGACACGCUUGGUGCUGGUUCGGAUGUGGGAGUUGCUGCAGAUGUGGUUGCUGCUGAUGCUGCCCUGGGAAAAUGCCUUGACAGGGAAUUAACACCCUUCAGUGAUGGGCUGUGGGACAAGCAAGGUUCUUCCCGAGCCCCCCAAAGAUGUGCAGCUAGACCUGGUUAAAAAAGUAGAACCUUACACAGGCCACAAUGACAUAUACAAGCACUUCAUCAAAGAUGACUGUGGGGCUGUCAUCAAAGCUGGCUCUCCCUCGCCUCCGCGUCACGCUAACCCGUAUCCCGGUACCCACCUGCCUCCCCACGUGGACCAGCCCGAACCCCGCAAGAACAAAGUGGCUAAAUACCGUGCCAAAUUUGACCCCAGAGUGACGGCCAAGUACGACAUUAAAGCCCUGAUCGGAAGGGGAAGCUUUAGCCGCGUUGUACGGGUGGAGCACAAGGCCACCAAGCAGCCCUACGCCAUCAAGAUGAUCGAGACCAAAUACCGGGAGGGGAGGGAGGUGUGCGAGUCGGAGCUCAGCGUGCUGCGGCGGGUGCGGCACACCAACAUAAUCCAGCUGAUAGAGGUGUUUGAGACCCAGGACCGCGUGUACAUGGUGAUGGAGCUGGCGACCGGGGGAGAACUGUUCGACCGGAUCAUUGCCAAAGGCUCCUUCACGGAGAGGGAUGCCACGCGCGUGCUGCAGAUGGUGCUGGACGGGGUGAGGUACCUGCAUACGCUGGGUAUCACGCACCGGGACUUGAAGCCCGAGAAUCUGCUCUACUACCAUCCCGGGACGGAUUCCAAAAUCAUGAUUACGGACUUUGGACUGGCAAGCGCUCGGAAGAAGGGCGAUGACUGCCUGAUGAAAACCACCUGUGGGACCCCGGAGUACAUUGCUCCGGAGAUCCUGGUCAGGAAGCCCUACACUAACUCGGUGGACAUGUGGGCGCUGGGCGUGAUCUCCUACAUCCUCCUGAGCGGCACCAUGCCCUUUGAAGAUGACAACCGCACCCGCUUAUACCGGCAGAUCCUGAAAGGAAAAUACAGUUACUCGGGCGAGCCCUGGCCCAGCGUGUCCAACCUGGCCAAGGAUUUCAUCGAUCGCCUGCUGACGGUGGACCCCAGCGACAGGAUGACCGCCCUCCAGGCCCUGAAGCACCCCUGGGUGGUCAGCAUGGCAGCCUCCUCCUCCAUGAAGAACCUGCACCGCUCCAUCUCCCAAAACCUUCUCAAGAGGGCAUCGUCCCGCUGCCAGAGCACCAAAUCCGCCCAGUCCACGCGCUCCAGCCGCUCCACCAAGUCCAACAAGUCGCGGCGGGUUCGGGAACGGGAGCUGCGAGAGCUCAACCUGCGCUACCAGCAGCAAUACACCGGCUGAGCACCGAGCUGGGACCUGCCAGAAAGUCUUUCCAGAAGUCUUCCCUGCAGUGUAGGCGUGUGGCACCCUUUGCUGCACGCGCACUUGGGGAGGAACGUCCAGGUUCCUCCCUCCCCUCCUUCAGGUGUCCCCCCGCGCGGAGGAAAAGGAACCUUGUGGUGGCCAUCGCGCCCUGCUGGGCGAGCAGUGCCACGGGGUCUCAUGCAGGAAACGGAGCAGCUCUUGUGGGCUUGGAGCUCAGAGCCUCGAGGAACAGACAAAUUAAGGAGCUGCAAAGGAGGAGAAGAGCUCUUUCUGUAGCCCAGGAGCUUGGUUGUUCAUAGUUAUUUAUUGAUGCCGGAGCGUUCAGUUUCUCUCACUUGCAUAUGAAAGAAAAAAAAAAUCACUUUAAGUGCACACCUGUGUGCACAUACACGUGUAUAUAUUUAAAAUGUUAUAUACACACUUAUUCUGAGCUGGUUUAGUCAGACUGUGGUGCCUUUUCACUCAAGCUGCCAUGAGUCACACGCGGCUAGCACCAGGCUGGCUCUGACUCACAGCGUGCUGCCCACCAGCUCCCCGUCCCGACGCAGUGCCGAGGAGAUGCCAGACGGCUUUCCGUGACGGUGCUGGAGCUGGGAGGCUUCCCCAAGGGGCUGUCGGCGGCGUGGUGACACGGAGGGUUUGCUCACACCACGCGGAGCUGCUGUGCAAACCGGCACCAGGCUGGGGUGCUGCAACCUCGGGGCUGCAAGCCAGCUCCGGUUAUCCUGAGGGCAGGGAGAGGAGGAUCGUCCUGCAGGAACUUCGUGCUCCAAAGAGAUGUCCUUGGCGAGGCAGCUUUUGGGGGGGCUCCUCGCUGUCUGCCUCGAAUCAUCCUCCAGCAGUUCUGUUGGGGCACGGGGCUUCUUAGGUAGGGGAGGCGAAAGGACUCUGCGCUGCUGGGGCAGAUGUUUUGGGUGUUUUUGGGUGUCCUUGGAGAGACAAACACAAGAGGAAGUGCAGUGGUAGUGGUGGGGGUUUCCCUGCUUUCAGCAGGACUGGUGCCCACUUUGUGAGGUUUGUUCUUGUUGCUGUGACUUGGCCCUCUCACUGUUACCAACCCCAUCACUUCAGCACACCAAAACUGUGGUUUCCUGUCCCCAGAUGUUGCCAUCACUUCACUGGGACAGCGAAAUGGUGUUAGGAGCUGGCGAGGUGGCCACAAAUGGCUCUGUAGGAUCAGGGUAGGGGCUUGACUAGGAAAAACCCAGUCCUGGAGUGCCAGCAGCAAGAGACAUCGCAGAGAAGCCGUGGAGCCGUUAGGUGUGACCUAAAUCCACCAGGGAAAAGCUGCCCUUUGGCGUUUCCUCUGCUGGGUGGGCGAUGGGGGCACCUUGUGAAGGACCUCUCAGGGGAAGGUGGGUGCUGUAGGGCUGAGCUUCGGGCAAUCCUGCUGAGAUGUUUUCCCUCCUAGUCAGUGCAAGGCACGUUUGGGGUAGGUUUGGCCUCUUGCCAUAGCAGAGGCCAGGUGUGAGCGAAGGCAAAUGUUGUUUUUUGGAGCUUUUCUUACAAAGCCCUGCAGUUUUACUGUGCAUCUAGUAGGUGCUUAGCAGGUUGAUUCAGUCUGUCCACGCUCUGGAGCGUGGUUUUCCCUCUCGCACUGACAUCUGUGCCACCGUGUUGUAGUGCCAGCAGGGCUGUGAAAGUUCCAGCACAUCCGCGAGGAGCUCUGACCCUGCAAGCAGCAAAGCAGCACGGCUUCAGCAGGGAAAAAAAGGGGAUUUAGGGGUGUGCUUUCCACCCCAAAGUUAGGAGGGGCCAAAACCACUCUGAACACAGCUUGCUGUGCCUAAGCUUGUGAUGAGAAAUGUGAUGGAGGAAACCCAAGGACAGCGGGGUCGUGCAUGCACUUGCAGCAGGGGUGAAUCCUAAAUCCUUUGCGUGGGUUUGCAGAAUUACUGGUUGGUUUUCUUCAGUUCUGUGACGUACGGUUUCUUCAGAUCCUUCUACCUUUUAUUGUGUUUUUUUCCUGUUUCAACACAAGGAGCUCUAAAUCAGACACGAUUUCUGACAACACAGGCAGCUCGCCACGUUCUGCUUCGUUAACAGUUCAGUGCCCCUCAGGUUACUGCCAGCAGCUCUUCAAAAGCAGUGAGGACUCUAAGGCGGGUAGUAACUGGAAAUUGUUCGUACCCUGUGGGUUAAGAGAUGGCCAGAUGCUCCCUGAGGGUUUCUGGUUUUGAGCCAUUACCUGUAAGAGUCUUCUGCAUGCUUUGAGCAUCACACACGAUCUCUGUGAUCUUUGUCCUCUUAGGUGUUUUCGUGGCCCUCCCCAGAUCAUCUCGGUGUGUUUCUCCUUAAAAUAGGUACUGUGCCUAUGCCAGGAAGUCAAACUGAUGGACUGAGCCAAGCCCUGCAGCCUGAGACCCUUUCCUGUAACCACUAGACCAUGGAAAUGCCCAGAUGGGUGGGUUUGGAGGUCAGGAUGUCGAGCUCUGAUCUGACCAAGCUUGCUUCUCCUCCUUCACAAAGCAGAACACGAAUCUUCCCUUCUCUGGCAGCUUUUGCUUUAUUUCUCUGUUCAGCAACCGAUCUCUCACCAGGAAGAGUUGGGAGUGAUGUCAGGCUACGUGCUGUAAUUCUGAGCACUCGGUUCAGGUGCCUUCAGCCUGUCCUCUGAGAAGCUCUUCACUGUGAAUUUUCUCGAUCGUAUGCCUUCAUAUAUAUUCCACAGGGGUGUCUCAGCUCUUGGUUUAUCUCACAUCUCAGGAGUUUACGCUUUUCAGAAGUGCCUUGCUUGAGGAUGUUAGAAGUUAAAUCUGGCAUUCUGUUUUUCUGCUCUUAUGUGUUUUUUUUUUUUUUUUUUUUGUUUCCUUCUUUAGCUCUUAAUGGUGGUUCUUAGUUUGGCUCGUGGUGUUUCGAAUUAGCCAGGAGAAUGCAGGUAACAAAUACGUGUCCCGGGCUAUUGCUGAGUUUCAGUGGAAGAGCCGUUGGCUGGGUGCAGGUCUCAGCAGAGAGCACUUAGGUUUCCUGUACUCUGCUCGCAGAAUGAAACGAAGCUGGAAUGACACCUAGUGGCAAACUGCAGCCUGUCUGUGUCCAGAUGCAGUCUCUUCCAAUUGCAUCCCUGUUUUGGGGAGAGAUGCUGGGUUUUGGGGCUCUGAUCACGCCUGCAGCCCGAGGCGUGGUGCUGCUCCCACACCCGUGCUGCAGCACAGCCUCGUAGCUGUUGAUGGGGCUAGAAGCAGUGGGUUUGGGACUUUUUUGGGUCACAAGACACGAUGAGAAGCUCAGGGUGUUGCGUCCCAGCUUAUUUUUUCAGGGAAAAAGCAGUUUUAAGGAGCAAAGGGGUUUCUGCGUGUUUGUCUUUUGGAACUUAGCACUGCUGUGUAAAGGAGUCCCAUGGCUGUGUCCUGGGGGUUUGCCUGCUCUCCUGGGGGCAACAGUCAGAGCUUCAAAGAGUGCUGCCUGGUGGUUCCUCAGUGACCUGGUGGUUCCUCGAUACUUUGAAGGGCUGUUGGAAAUGAAUGGGAAAAGGUCUUCCAGAAACAACGUUAGGUCGUCUACAGACUGUUAAGCUUUACAUCCAGAUUUGAGCACAUAAUGUAUUUUUCGACCUGUUUUGCUAAAAAGCAAUGAACUUGUCCAGCUGUGAUUUACUUCUCACCCCUCUCAGGCUUCUAACAACUCGCACACGAGCCUGGUGGCAGUAGAAACCCUCCCUCCUUCGACCCAGCAGCAGUCUGUGCCAUUUAACAUUGGGAUUGCAGUAGCGUCCAGAUGCUUCUGCCAGUUCCUGUUCUUGGAAAUGUACAAAAGUCACCUUACAGCCUCGUGGUGGGUGUAGGGCUCUGACCUGCUGGCCCGUGCAGUGGUGUGGAGGCUGCAGUGCAGGGCCUGCCUUACACACUUGUUCUGGGAACGAGAAACCUCAGACUCUUCACUUCGUUGGCAUUUGGAUAUUUUCUUCCUUUCGUUCAUGUUCUGCUCUGGUAACUCACAUUUUCUCCCACCCUGCUCUAUUUCUCAGUCCUGCUUUCUGGCAGAACCACGGCGUCUGCCUGAGAGGUCGAUCACACUCAGCUCACGGACACCAGUCGUGGUCAGCCCCACUGCGGGGCCGUGGCUCUGGAUUUGGCUCUGCAGCAGCCACGGUGAGCCCUGAAGCGAUGUGACAGCAGACACACGGUGCCUUGGGGGGGGGAGAACUCCCUGUGAGGACCCUGCUGCCCAGGGUGGGCGCUGCCCUUCACCUCGGGUGAGAUUAUUCCAGUUGUUCUCCAGGCUGCUUGCUGCAACCUGCUGCAGGCUCACGGUGGGCAUCGAGGUGCCGUUCUUUGGGGUGCCCCCUUCCCUCUGCCCACUGCUUCUUGGAGCUCUCUGCAGUGGCUCUCAGUGCCUGCUCUCAUCCCUCGCUCUUCCAAAAGUGCACCCUGUACCCAGCCCUGGGUCCCUGCACCACUCUCAGGAGGUUUUUGGUGCUUUUUCUGACCGCUCGGUCUCGUCUUCCAGCCUGGAUCAGCAACGCAGCUCUCAGGUGCUCUAGAGGCAGGUGUGUGCGUGUCAGGUGUGCGUUACUGAGCGCUGAAUUUGCCAAAAAAACAUAAAAUGUGAAGCAGCAGGGAUGCCCCGUGGUAGCGGCAUCACGGAGCGCGGAGCCUUCCACCCUCGGCACCUCUUCGGUGGAGGGAGCUGCUGCCUGCCCAGCGACGUGGUUUUCUCCUCCUGCUGUCCUACUGUAGGUCCCUCGUGUGUGACAGACGAGCUCCUCGCUGCUGUCACGACGACCUUGCACUGUGUUUCUGUUGAAUGUGGAACAAACCCUGGCCCAAACUAGAAAUGAGCACCUACCGCGAGCGCACGCCGAUGCUGGGAGUUUUCCUGUUGCCUCUCGCUACGGAAAGACACCUCCCAGGAAGCCCUCUGGCCCAGGGGGGGGGCCUUCCGCUGCUUGCUGUUAUUUUUGGGUUGCCGAAUUUCCUGUGCUGGCUUGGAACCGCUGGGAAGCACGGCGCUCAUGUCCUGCCCGUCCCCGGCGGGGCCGUGUGCCUGGAGGAGCCUCCGAGUCCUGCCCCCGCGGAGAGCGAGGCCUGAACCAUUGUAAUUAGUCUGUAACGUGAUGAGUAGAGUGUACAGAAUUAUUUAUUUUGUGUACUCUGUUAAACACGUAAAUGUAUUCUGUGUA